CCAGUGCUUUGCAUUAUCUUCUGCCUUGCACGCUUAUCGUCCUCCUUUGCAUAUCACGUGCUUCCCUUCGUCCAAUAACCGCUUGCGUUUAGUCUGCACGGGCGCGUGAGCGUCGCUUUACUCUCUCAAGUUCACCGUCGCAUAUUUACAGUCGUGGGGAUUCCUGAAAGAGCUGGAAAAGGCUCAAUGUUGGUCGUGCUAUGACAGCAUCUCUGCUCCUCCAUUCCCGCUGGAUCGAGCCGGUGAUGUUUCUCUGUGACAGCGGCUGCUCAGACGACGUGAGCAAGAACAUGGAGGGAUUCGCGGGAAGCAAUUUCUCCGCCAACCAGUGCCGGAAUCUCGUGGCCCACCCGACUUCUCUUGCUCCCGGUGCGCCCUAUGGAUCAAGUGAAGUGCCUGUAUCUGGCGUGACGGAACCUGUCAAGCAGUGCAGCCCGUGUUCGGCGGCGCAGAACUCCCCCGGUGCUGCUUCUUUGCCCUAUGGAUAUUUCGGUAGUGGCUAUUAUCCGUGCCGAGUAUCACAUCACGGCGCAGUGAAGUCUUGCGCGCAGCCUGCCUCUUACGCAGAUAAGUACAUGGAGACGUCUGUCUCCGGAGAGGAGUUUUCUUCUAGAGCUAAGGAGUUCACUUUCUAUCAGGGGUACUCGUCCGGACCUUACCAACCUGUGCCCAGUUAUCUGGACGUGCCAGUCGUGCCUGCUCUAAGCUCUGCUCCAGAACCGAGACACGAGUCAAUUUUGCCCGUGGAAACUUACCACCAGCCUUGGACCAUCACGAACAGCUGGAACAGCCCUGUGUACUGCCCAAAGGAGCAGACCCAAUCCAGUCAUCUCUGGAAGUCGUCUCUUCAAGACAAUGUGUCAGGAAGUGAUGGCGCUUCCAUUCGACGCGGGAGGAAGAAGCGAGUCCCUUAUACCAAAGUCCAGCUGAAAGAACUUGAGCGCGAAUACGCGGCCAAUAAGUUCAUCACGAAGGAUAAACGGAGACGGAUAUCUGCUCACACAAACCUAACCGAGCGUCAGGUCACCAUCUGGUUUCAGAACAGGAGGGUAAAGGAGAAGAAGGUGGUCAACAAAUUCAAGAGCAUCACUUAAGGGGCUACGGAAUUUGAGACGGACAGAGUGAAGGAACCACUUCGUUAUUUAUUAUGUUCCUCUGGGAGUGACUGUGCUGAGAUUUGUAGCGUAUAGCUUCCAUGCAAGAAAAAAAGAACAUUCUGCUAAACUCUGAAGACCAUAUAUGUUACACGGUGAUCGUGAUGAGGAAGCAAAUAAACUGUCAAAACAUUUGUAUGCCUAUACACAAUUUUUAUUUUUAUUUUUUUGCCACUGCUACUCUACACAUAAACUCCGUUUCGUAUUGAAACAUGAAACCAUUGUGUUAAUUGUAAUUGCGCGGGAGACAAAUGCUGUGUCUAGGUUCAGUAACAUGAAGCUACAAUUAACUCAAUGUUGCAAGAAUAUGUUGUUAAGGCUAUAGACCAGAGGUCAUCUAACCCAGUCCUGGAGUUCCGGAGUCCACCUCAAUUUUUGUGAUUUUGAGGCUUAAAGACGCCUAAUUCUGGAACUGAUGGCCCCAGCUACAGACCGCCAAUACAUUACUAGUUUAUGUAAAUAAAUACAACUUAGAUAUGACUACAUGGUAUCUUAAAGAUUUUAGGUAGAACUAUAAUUAUUCACAGUUUGUUCAAUGUUUGUACCCCGCUAGGUCUCUAGCCCAGGUUGUUUAUUUGUUGCUGCAAACAAUAUUCCAAUAAAACUCCCAUUUUAAUAUUUCCA